CUGAGCUGGAGCAACGCUGUCAAACUAAGUUAACCAGGACUAGUGUUUGGAUGUCAGUAUUAGUGUAUGACAGCUGACUACAAAAAAAAUUCCGGAGAGCAAAAUGUGCGUUAGGUUGAGUGGCAGCUGAGCUUUAGAAAGUUCGACAAAACUUAGCUAACAUUAGUUUGACAGAUAGCUUGUCAGUUUAGCUUAGCCAUGACAGGGACGUGUUUAUACCUCUCUCAUGUCAACCACUGGUCUUUAACUGUGGACUAACGCAGGUGAAUGCUUCAGAUUUAAAUUGCAUUGCUGGGUAAUGGUUAGUUUAUAAAUUUAGCCUAUAUUUGAGCAAAACGUUAACUUCUAACCCAAGGCAGAUUAAAGUUAGCCUGCUAGCACCGAGUAAAACCACUGACUAACCACGAAUCUGUUUCUGUGGGAAUUAUGAGCACCAGUAAUAAUUAUGCAAGUCGCAAACGGAGGAAACCUGUCCAGAAAAGUGUGCAGCAGUCUCCUCCUGAAUGUGUCAAAUCAAAUCCUUCCAAACGACAUCGAGACCGGCUGAAUGGAGAGUUGGACAGGUUGGCCAGCCAGCUUCCUUUCCCGCAGGAAGUUAUAUCCAAGCUGGACAAGCUCACCAUACUGAGGCUAAGUGUGAGCUACCUGCGGGUCAAAAGUCACUUCAAUGUGACCCUGAAUUCAAAGAACUCCAACCAGCUAGCAAAUAACACUAAACCACACAUUCAGGAGCUGCCAGAGGGAGAAUUGUUGCUACAGGCUAUAAAUGGCUUUGUGUUGGUGGUCACCUCCAAUGGCACAAUUUUCUAUGCUUCCUCCACCAUUGAGGACUACUUGGGGUUCCAUCAGUCAGAUCUCAUCCAUCAGAGUGUUUAUGAGCUCGUUCACACUGAAGACCGGGCUGAGUUUCAGAGGCAGCUCCACUGGGCACUCAACCCCAGCUGCACCCCAGACACCGGACAGCUAGUGCAAGCUUCUCAGGAUGCACCGCUGCCUCAGACAUACUACAGUCCAGAGCAGUUGCCACCAGAGAACUCCACCUUUCUGGAGCGAAAUUUUGUUUGCAGGUUAAGAUGUCUUUUGAACAACUCCUCUGGCUUUCUUGCCGUGAACUUUCAGGGGCGUUUGACGUUCUUGUAUGGGCAGAAUGAGAGGACAGCAGAUGGGAAACCCGUCCCUCCUCAGCUGGCUCUGUUUGCCCUGGCCUGCCCUCUGCAGCCGCCUUCCAUACUGGAGAUCCGCACCAAGAGCUGCUUUUUCAAAACCAAGCAUAAGCUGGAUUUCACGCCCACCGCGUGUGACGCAAUAGGGAAAAUUGUUCUUGGCUACACGGAGGAAGAGCUGUGUUACCGUGGCUCAGGCUAUCAGUUCAUCCAUGCAGCUGACAUGCUCUACUGCGCCGAGAACCACAUACGGAUGAUGAGGACGGGUGAAAGUGGGUUGACUGUGUUCAGACUGUUGACAAAACAGAACAUCUGGGUUUGGGUACAAUCCAACGCCAGACUUGUCUACAAAAAUGGGCAACCAGAUUGCAUCAUCGCCUCACAGAGAGUCAUCACGAACGAGGAGGGUGAGGAGAACCUGAGAAAGCGUGCUAUGAUGCUUCCUUUCAGCUUCACUACAGGAGAAGCUGUUCUCUAUGACAUGCACCUGCUCAGAUCUCAGAGUAACACCAUACCUUCUGAUACCACUGCUCUGGAUGACAGUACCCAAGCCAGAUCCACUGGAACUGUAGACCCUGACUCCCUGCUGGGCUCCAUGCUGAAGCAGGAUGAGUCGAUUUAUGUGUGUCCUGCAGAUGAGCACUCUGUAUCAGUACAGGGUUUAGAGAACGAGGAUCUUGGUGGGAUCUUCUCCAGUAACUGGCAAGAAAGUGCUCUUUCACUCUCUGAAAGCUCUCUUUUCAAACAAGAGCCAGUCGUUAACUCUGGAGGAGACGACAGCUGUGAGAUACUGAACUUCAUGGGGAGCUUAGGGAUCAGACCAGAAGAUCUGAAGUUCCUUCAGGAUGAACUGUUCCUCAGGAUUGACCUCGGUGGUCAGAAUGAUGUGGCAGACCUCACAGAUGGCAUCUUCUCCUAUGUACAACACUCUCUCAGGACGGAGGCAGACUGUAUAAUGUCUGGUGACAGUCUGAAGGAUCUCGUCGGGAAGCCUAUGCAGACCUUCACACCUCCACAGCGAGCAUCUGCAUUAAUCUUACAGGAUUCAUGUGAUCCUCUCACAUUAGUACCUCAGGAACAACAGAUGACUUUUACAACAGAACAUCCUGAACCAAAGACACAACAUUUCACACCAAUACAACCUCAGCGUGAACCGCAGGCCAUACCAGAUCUCCAAAACAUAAUGUCUCAACCAUAUAACGAAACGGGAAUCACACAAUGCGAACCUUCACACAUAACAACCCAAAAACACCAAGUUCAGAUGAUAAGCCAACAGUCUCAGUGCUCAUACCUUCCACCUCUCCAUCUGCUGGAGUGUAAAACACUCAUAAAUGCUCAGGUUUGUGGGAACUUCACUGAAGUUCUGGUCAGCGACGCUCAGCAGUUUCCUCCUCUCUUCCAGCCAGAGCUCCAACAGCCUGGAUGCUUUUACCUGGAGUCGCCCCUUCAGGAUCUGAAGCACCCUAAUAGGAACCAUCUGAGCACUGUGUCCUUCAGCUGCUCCCAGCAGCACUCUUCACCUUAUAUCACUGCAGGUGACACAGGUAUGAGCGAGUUCACUGCUCAAGACCUUGAAGUGCUGCUCAGCGGCCUGGAUGGUGAUGUGGAGAGGAAUGGGCACUCAGGACAAAACAGAGGAGUGGGUGUCGGAUCAAGUCUGGAUCAACAAGAUUACAUAGGCCAGUUUCAGAAUGGAAGCCACACAAAGUAUGCGAUGGAGAGUAACACGACACAUCUGGCACAGCAUCCCGACCAGCAUCAGAACGACAGCAGACCUCAUCCAAACCUGUCUUUAGGAGGAUACUUGUGACUGAUCAGCUGGCAAUCAUGAAGAAAUAGAGCAAAAACACUUGGUGGAACUUCAUUCAUACCUAUGAGAGGUUGGGAUGAUCAGUGGCUGUGGUCAUACAAACCCAUAAUGGCUGGGCCAGAAAAGAGCACCAGCAGAGUACAGGAUGAGGAGGAGGAAGCAGAAAUUGGGGUGAAGGAAAGACUGAAAAUGGACAAAGUAAGGCACAAAUGUCCUGUGGCUAAGCAUGACGUCUAAGAUGAAUGAAGAACCAGCCUGUUUUUAUCAGUUAGAUAUUAGAAUCAUUCAUCAGUGGCUUCCCUCUUAUAUGAACAGUGCUGUCACAGUACUUUGAUAAAUCUCUCUUUAAAUGUCUCUCAUGAGAUGUUGCAAAUCUAUUGGCCUGUCAAAAGCAUGUCCCAAAGCAAUAUAUACAGUGUGCACUAACUGUAAAUAGCCUUCAGCAAAUGCAGCAAAUAUGCAGCAACGUUUAUAAAGUAGUACAAUAUAGCUAUCUAAUUUGCAGCUCUUCACAUGCUAGCUUGUUUACUCUGUAAAAUGAAGUCAAAGGCCAAAUAUUGUAUAGUGUAUGAUUUAUUUGGGUGAUUUACUCAACGCUGUGACUUCCUGUUAGCAGUAUUUUCAGUUGAGCUGAGGAUUUUUCAACAUUUUGUGUUUUUUUUUUUAUUAUAAUAAUUGAAAUCAUCAAGGUUUUUUUCUUAGUAUAGCAUUUAUUAAUGAUUAGGAGUACUGAUGUGUAAUCAGGGUGAUCGGGAAACUGUGUGGGUCUCCCUAGACUGUCAUUUGUAUAGUAUUUUAUCAUUUUCUGAUCAUUUAUUCUUUGAGGGAAGCUAUUGAAGACAAUCAGACAUAUGUAGCACUUAUGAACAGAUGUUUUGAUGAAUUCAGCUGUUUAGCUUCACAGGAGACACAGACUUUGACCAAACUGAAAAUCAAAGAAUGUUUGGCUUUCUACAAAAAUGCUGUAUUCAUAAAGCACUAUUGUUGAACAAGCAGUUGAGGUAUUUUGAUGGAUGACCAAACUUGAAAGACCAAGACUUGGAAAAUGAUUAAUGCUUCUGAAAAAAAGGGGUCAGUACGAGUUUUUAAGACUGUGCAUAUUUGAUACAAAAAAAAUAGUCGAUUUAAAAUAUAAAUAGUUUUAAAA